GGUAGCAAGGCGGUGCUGUAUGUAUACACACUCGGAAUUGUUAAAAAUCCAUCGUGAAAUAUACUCUUGAGAAUCACUUAAGAUAAAUUGAAAAUCAUUAGAUACCUGAGUGAUAAGUGAUUUGUUUUUCAAACCUUCAGUUGUAAGUUCAAUUUCAUUGUGAGUGCUCAAAAAUGACUGAAAAAGAAACGGACUCUACAGGAACAUUAAGUAUGGGACCACAUACUUUGAAAGUUCCAAUAGUACUUUUUGAGACCAAUAGAAAAAGAUUAGUAGAAAAAUUGAAGGACAAACACGAAGGUUCGAUUGUUUUGCUACAAGGAGGAUCUGAAAUUUCCUUUUACGAUACUGACACUGCGUAUGUUUUUCGACAGGAAUCCUAUUUCAUGUGGUGUUUUGGAGUAGUUGAAGCAGAAUGUUAUGGGGCAAUUGACAUAUCUACUGGAGAAUCGUAUUUAUUUUUUCCUCGCUUUCCCGAAGAAUAUGCUGUUUGGAUGGGGCCACUUACACCACUGAUAGAGUUCCAGAAAAAAUAUGGUGUAAACCAUGUCCACUAUGUCGACCAGAUUGAUGAAAUACUUGGAAAAAUAAGCCCAACAAAACUACUCACUUUGACUGGUGUGAAUACUGAUAGUGGGUUGAAAGCUAAAGAAGCUCAUUUCGAAGGAAUCAAAAAGAGAGUAAUCAAAACUCCGUAUGAAAUCGAAGUCAUAAAAUAUGUGGUUCGUGUUUCGUCAGAAGCUCAUAGACAUGUUAUGCGUUUUGCCAAAUCUGGAUUGUUUGAAUACCAGUGCGAGUCGGAAUUUUUGAAUUUCUGUUACAAAAAUGGAGGUUGCAGGCAUGUAUCUUACACCUGCAUCUGUGGAUCUGGUCCCAAUGGAGCCGUUCUUCAUUAUGGGCACGCUGGUUGUCCCAAUAAUUAUCAAUUGGUCGAUGGUCGUUUAUGCUUGUUCGAUAUGGGCGCAAACUAUUUUGGCUAUGCUGCCGAUAUAACUGUAACCUUUCCAGUCUGUAGAAAAUUUUCUCCUGAUCAAAAACUGAUUUAUGAAGCGGUACUAAAAGCGAAUCUAGCAGUUAUGAAAGCGGGAAAACCAGGAGUUUCUUGGGUCGACAUGCACAUACUGGCGAAUAGAACCCUACUGGAAGAACUAAAAAAUGGGGGACUUUUGCGCGGAUCUGUAGAUGAAAUGAUGGAGGCUGAUAUUGCAGCAAUUUUCCAACCGCACGGCUUAGGGCACUUGAUGGGUUUGGAUGUUCAUGACGUUGGUGGCUAUCUUGAAGGGUAUCCUGAACGUCCUAGUAGGCCGGGGCUUAAAAGCCUACGAACAGCUAGAAUAUUAGAGGAAAAUAUGGUUCUUACCAUUGAGCCUGGCUGUUAUUUCAUUGAUUCUCUACUGGAUAAAGCUUUAACCAAUCCUAAACAAUCCAAAUUUUUGAUACCCCAAGUGUUGCAGAGAUUCAGAGCAUUUGGAGGCAUUCGAAUAGAAGAUGAUGUACUGGUCACAAAAGAUGGGAUUGAAAAUUUAACAAUGGUACCUAGAACAGUUCAAGAGAUAGAAGAAUUUAUGAGAAGCGAGGAUGAUAAUAUGCCAUAACUCAUCCUCAUUCCGAGAUAAAGUUGUUGAAUCCAGAAAUGUCAUUAUUUUUAUAUUCAUAUCUUCAGUAAAAACUAUCUAAUUUUGAAAUUUU